CACUUGUUUUAUGUACGGAGUGCGCUGGUCAGUUGCUGUAGCUUGUGCAUUGCAAACCUCAAACCUGUCUCUGGGUAGAUUAGCCUAGCAGAGCAGAGGCUAGACGGAAGAGAGAGCAAGCAGGGGCGGCGCCGGAGCGGAGGAAGAUGAGCGGGAGCAGCAACAGCAGCCUGGAGACGCGCACGUUCCUGGACGAGGUGCGCGGCCUGGAGAAGAACUGGAUGCUCGACCUCGGCCACCCGCUCCUCAACCGCGUCGCCGAGAGCUUCGUCAAGGCCGCCGGCAUCGGCGCAGUCCAGGCGGUCGCGCGGGAGUCCUACUUCAUGGCCAUGGAAGGGGAGGGUGGGGGCGCGGGAGCCGUGUCCGACUCCACCGGCGCCAGGAAGCGAUCGUUUCCUGACCUCAAUGGUGGGAAUAGUAGCAAGUCAGCCGAGGCUAUGGUGAAGAGCGUGAGCAAAGAGUCUCUCCAGUGGGGGCUCGCCGCCGGGCUGCACUCGGGGCUGACCUACGGCCUGACGGAGGCGCGCGGGACGCACGACUGGAAGAACAGCGUGGUGGCCGGCGCCCUCACCGGCGCCGCGGUGGCGCUCACCUCGGACCGCGCGUCGCACGAGCGGGUCGUGCAGUGCGCCAUCGCCGGCGCCGCGCUGUCCACCGCCGCCAACGUGCUCUCCGGCAUUUUCUGAGCCACUCUCGGUCGGCCAGGGAGAACGCCGGCAAGCUAGUAGUAGCUCUCCGAGUCCGGAGUGGAGAGCUACGAUCUGCACCCCCAACUUCUCAAGUCUUCCGUUCUUUAUGAUGUUGGGAGCUUGGAAGUAAUCUUCAGUGUAGCACUCAAAAUCAUAAUUUGAGACCUUGUAUGCUUAAUUUUGUGUGCUAUCACGGGCUAUAAUAAAAUCGUAAGAUCAUUAUCGAAACUGUCCCAAUGGAAUUGAGAACUGCG